ACCUGUUUUCACCGGGGAAUACUUUGUAUUCAUUUUCCUCAUCGGGCGCCUUGCCCCACAUUCGGCCACAUUGCAUUGCAUCAGCGGCUCCCUUUAACCUUUCACAAGAAGGGUUUCCCCACCUUCCUCAGCAACGAGUGCUCUCGCUGCGCCCUCUCCCGUCUCACACCUUUUCCUGAGAGCUCCCUAUCUUAACACCAAAAACAGUCAACGUGGAGAUUGACGCGAAUGUCGGACCAACCUCCACACAGCUCAGCAGCUUCCACUGCUAGCAGCUACAGCGCAAGCGUCGGGAGUGCCUCCAAGUUCCCUUACACGCUCCUCCUCUCCCCUGAAUUUCUCGUUUGCGCUGGUUCUAUCCUCUUCAAACUGCCGGCGGGGCCUUCGUCGACGAGACCAUCCACCACAGUGAAUGGCCUCACACGGUUAUGGUCUUUAAGAACAUCCCCGAAUAAUCUCAACACUUCCACCGUCUUGGACGUGAGCAGUGAUGACGAAGAACCUGGUGAUCCGUUGCAGAUUUGCCUUAUUCAUCACUUGCGCAAAAAAGAAUAUUUAUUGUCCAAGGGUCGGAAGGAUCUGUUUGAGGACUCAUUGCUUACCACCGCCAUGCGGGAAACAUACGAAGAGACUGGUUAUCCGUGUAAACCAGUUCCCGUCACUCUCACCACGAGAGCGCCGGUCCCAGGCAAAGACAUCAAAGACAACCCUGCCGGACGACCUGUACAUGAUUGCAUUGAGCCUUUCGCCAUCACGAUCCGUAACGUGGCCCCAGGAAACGUCAAGCUCAUUCAUUGGUUCAUUUCCGAAGUCACGGGUGAAUUCCAACCAGGUACCCUCAUGCCGUCCGAAUCCUCGUUUCGCAGUUGUUGGUUUGAGGCAGACGAGGCAGUCCAAUUGCUUACAUAUGAGCAUGAUAGGGAGGUGGCACGGCAAGCAUUGAGGCUGGUUCGGGAAGAAUUAAAACGGCGGCGUAAAUUGACUGGGAACGUGGUGACCGCAAAACGUUAGAAGGGGAACUGCGUGAGGAUCACACCCUCACACACGGAGAGAUCCCGCCAUAACAUUAGCUUCUGGCAUACUCCUCGCUUUUUGGACCAGCUUUUUUUUUGUUUGCUUUUUUCAUCGUACAACGAAGGACUAUCUAUUGCAAACCAAGCAUCAGAUCUUCCUCCCAAUAUCUGACGGGAGGCAACCGAAUCGAAGAACCUCGCACCAGGAUGAACGCAUCUCUAGGAAACAUCAUCACGGGGGUGAUAUAAUGGGGAAAACGGGUUUCAAUACAUACAAUGAUACAUAAUCAGACGGGAUCUG